AAUCGGCUUGCCCGUGCUCGUGAAUCGGAUUUCCGUGGUACCAAGUCCGAGAUAGGUGAGAUGGGCCCCUACAGAGGUCCCGCUUAUCGGCAACAUAUGAUGCAGCAUGCGCACGCAUAUGAUCGACCAACGGAUCAUUCCUUUUAUGACAUGUAUCCAAGUGGUAGACAGACAGUUGGUCCAUAUCUUGGCCAUCGCAUAGCACAUGAGCUGUAUUCCGGUGAGAACACGUUACCUCGUCGUCCGCAAUCUUCCUUUGAUACUUCCGCCUAUGCUAAGUGA